AUGCAACCCCUAUGUAUUGACACAAAAGUGAACGAGACUUCCAACAGAUUAAAUUUAAAUGUAAAUGUAUCCAUCCCGAUUCCAUUCCACGCUAAUGUUAGUGAUGACCGCGAAACCCCAAAUACAAAACAUAAAAAAUAUAAAAAUACUGUGGCCACGGGUUAUGUUCUACAUACAUUGCAGUUUGCGGCAGUCGUAUAUCAUUUUUCAAAUAAAGACGCAUAUGUUUGGGCUUCUACAACUAUCCUUUCUACUCUUGAUAUCGGCUUAUCUUUUGCUAAAAGCGAUGUUCAUAAAUUGGAGGAGUCUUUUCUAUUCAAACUUGAUCAUGCCAAUGAUGUUGAUUACAAGAGAUGGUGGAAGCAGGCAGAAGAAAAGAAGCAGGCAGGAGAAAAGCCAUUAAAUCAGGAAGAAUAA